AUGGAGGACGAAGGAGCCAGAUUGCUCGAUCUCCUACAAGCACAUGGCCAACAAUUCUUAAACUCUUUUGAUCUCAGUCAACCUCCUCGGAAGAAGCAGAGAUUAGAAGACUCCCCCGAAGAGCCUGAGAACAAAGAUUUUGAGGAGUGGAGAGGCUUCAGCAAUGCAACCGUCUCAACUUACCCAUCCGAAGAAAACAACGACGACGAUACUCCCUAUGAAUAUGAUGACGGCUUUACCGCCAGUUCCUCUACUAAGAUGCCAGAUGUGGUGGUGUUCUCAGACUCAAGGCAGAGGCCUUCAGAACAGUUCUCGAAAGCUCAGAAAAAAGCUUUCAUGGCAACUAAACUUACAUCUAUAACGGAAACCGAUGGGGCCCCACACCGAGACGAGGAUGACACACAAAAUGAUCACGAGGAUACUUCGAAUGCCCAGAACGAUGCUCUUCUCCAUCGCUUGGUUCACACGAAAUUGCUGUCCGGGUCUUUGAACCCUGCACUCAACUUGACGCAUGCACAACGAGAUAAAGCACUGUCCGGCCGUGUCUUGGAACUUGCAGGGAAAACCAAACUUGGUAAGGGAGAAGUUGCCAUUCGCGCUGCGGAACGAAAUAAGGCUUCCAAGCGAGUGCGAGAAGGACUGCUAAGGAAGAAAGAUGAGCGAGAAAAGCAGCAGCUGGAGGAGGCCAAAAACUUGGGAAACUACCACCCCACUCUUAAAAAAUUGUUUGAUACAUCAUCUGGGUCGUCAGACCGUCAAAGACGAGUUAGAGGUCUCGGGAUGGGAGUGGGUAGGUUUAGUGGGGGCACGCUGAAGCUUAGUAAACAGGAAAUAAAUUCGGUGACCGGUCGUGGGGUACAUGGCGCAGCCAGGCAUGGGCACAAUACAAGUCGUGGUCGGAGAUGA